AAAGUACAAAAAUGACUCCAGGCAGGUGUCUCCUGAGUAAAUAGAGUGGGUCCAACGAUGGAUAUAGAUGAGAAGGUUUCGGGGCCCGGCGGGGCCUCGCAAAAGAACUGGUCGCACCCAAAUGCCAGCGAUGAGUUACCUCUGGACAUGAGGUUCAACCAUGGCCACAUGGUUUCCAUGACAGUGUAUAGUGUACUGAUGCUGAUCUCAGCAACUGGCAACUUGACAGUACUUUCACAAUUGAUGAAGAGGAAACGGGCGGGGAGAGCCAGCAGACUUGACGUACUCUUGAUGCAUUUAGCAGUUGCCGAUCUUAUGGUGACAUUCCUGAUGAUGCCGCUGGAGAUCGCGUGGGCGGGCACCGUGCAGUGGCUGGCCGGAGACCUCAUGUGUCGCGUCAUGAUGUUCACCAGGACCUUCGGCCUCUACCUCUCCAGCUUCGUGCUUAUCUGUAUAGCAGUUGAUAGAUACUAUGCCAUUUUAAAGCCUUUGAACGUGACGUGGGAGGCGCGCGUGCGCAGGGCUCUCAUCAUCGCGUGGGUCUGCGCCGGCCUCGCCAGCUUACCACAGAGCUUCAUUUUCCACGUGGAGGAGCAUCCCGAUGUUAAGGGAUACUACCAGUGCGUGUCUUAUGGUUCGUUACCGACGGAGUGCCACGAGUUCGCGUACUUCUUGGUGAACAUGAUCCUCAUGUACGUCAUACCGCUGCUGUCCACGUUGUACUGCUCCUCAGCAGCGCUGCUGGAGAUCAUUCGGAGAGCUAAUACUUCUAAUGAUAAGAUGCGUCGGAGUGGCGUGGGUAUACUCGGGCGGGCGCGAGCUCGCACACUCAAGAUGACAGUCACUAUAGUUCUAGUCUUUUUUACUUGUUGGUCACCCUACUACUGUUAUUGUUUAUGGUACUGGAUCGACAAAGAAUCUCUAAAGAGUUUGGAUCCAGCGAUCCAGAAAGCUAUGUGGCUGUUCUCGUGCACGAACUCGUGCGCCAACCCGAUAGUGUACGGUGUGUUUAACCGGAACCGGUGGUCGUGGCGCGCCGGACGGAACGUUCGAUGUAGAAGUGGCAGUAUGCGACGUGGUUCAAGACUCCCUUAUGGUGAAUCAAUGGAGAUUUCAGCAGCAACGCUGGCCAGGGCCAGGAACUCGAUGGGAAGCGAGCGUAAUGGCCGACGGGACUCGUACAAUGCACAAAAUGGAUCACAGAAACAUUGGAACACUAUUAACAACAAUCAUGUCGGCAACGGCAUGGUAUAGCCUCCAUUCGCCUUAUAAAUAGCAAAGAGAAUUCUUUGACGGUGCUUGAAUUUUGAAAUUCGAAUUCGGAAUAAGACAUUUUGUUUUGUUUUUUUUUCUUUCACGCGAUUAUGGCGCCAAUUAUUUAUCUGUUUCCUGGACAAUUAGACUCGUGCCAUAGGUUAUGAAAUAUUUCUUCAAUACAACACUAAAAAGUUGCUUAUGUGGUACUUUUAAU